AUGGCUUCGAACGGCUGCCCGCCGUCCCCGCUGCUCGUGCGGGUGUCCCAGCCCGGCACCCGCCUACAAAGGAAGCUUGAAAAGUACUUCCAGAGCCGGGAGUCAGGCGGUGGGGAAUGCACCGUCCAGGCCCUGGACCGCAACAACCCAGACACCUUCCGGGUGCAGUUCCUGCAAAGGGCAGGUAAAGAGGGAGUAUUGAAAAAAGAAAAGCACCAAAUUGUGGUUGACAGCAAAACAGUGACUAUUUUCCUGGAAUCCAAUGAAACUGCAAUAGAGAAGAAUACAAGACCUAGAAUAUCGUCUUUGACACAGUCAAAAAAAGGGGCGAGGGAUGGUGAGAAGCAACCGAAUGAGAAGCACAUUCCUAAUGCUGCGGAUUCCUCCAUCCAGAAGAUCUUUCUUACUGUCACAGCUGAACUGAACUGCCGCCUGUUUUCUAAAGAGCAGAGGGAACGCAUCACCACUCUCUGCCCCAAUGUCCAACGAUGGGAGGGUGCUGAUGGAAUUGAGACAGUGUUUGGUGACUUCAAAGAUAUUGAAAAAAUACAUAGCUUCUUGAAUGAGCAGCUCCUGGGAAGGGGGCAGACACAUGAAUUGUCCCCCAUGACAACAGAGAGGGAGCUGUUCCAUCAACAGGACAGGAACAGCUAUGUUUUUCCCUCUGAAUCAAAAACCAAGUCAGAAGCAAAAAGCAACGGUUUUGAAGUUCCCUUGGCUUUCUUUGAAUACUUCACAUAUACCUCUCCCGAUAUAAUACUCUCAAUACAGAAAACAUUUGGUAUAAGAAUAAACUCUCAGGAGACUUCUCAGGGUAUGGUCUAUUUAGACUUCACUGCAAGACAAUCAAGUGAUCUUGAAGCAGCUCUCGGGGUUUUUGCCAGUGAAUUUCAGAAGACCGUAGAGACUCUGAGCAAGGACAGUGUUGCUUUAGCAGACAAUAUGCAGGCAAAUAAAGUCAAACAGGAAUUAAGUGACCAGUUUAAAAAGCUCCUCAUAAAGGCAAAAGGCAGAGAAUUAACUCUCCUUGGGACCACAGGUGACAUUUCGGCUGCCAAAGAUUUUCUUGCCUCAAAAAUUUCUGAAAGUCUUGUCACCGCACCUGUGAAAAUACUGACUCCCGGACUCAUGACGAAUGUAAUUGAGAUGGACACUGCUCACUACAAGCUUUUAGAAGCAGAAUUAUUCCAGGAGAUAUCAAAGAUUGAAAGAAAGUACGACACUCAAAGUAAAAUUUGGGGAAUAGGUCAGAAAACCUGCAUUCUGUUUGAACCUAUAUCCAAGGAGUUAAACCUGUCUGUGCAUGCUUAUUCAAGUUUCAUCGAUAGUUACCAACAUGUCUCAUGUCAGAUUGUGAAAGAAGUUAUUUCACUGAAACAUUUGGUCAAGGAAAGAAAGCAUUUACAAGGGGCCAAGUUCUCUGAUGACUUUAGAAAAAGCCAUCCGGAUAUACACUUUGUGCUAAAUCAAGAGUCAGUGACUUUGACUGGGUUGCCACAUCACCUUGCAAAGGCAAAAGAGUAUGUCUUAAGCAGAGCGGGAAUGUCUCUGUCGGCUGGAGAGAAAUGGAAUGAAACACUCAUGGACAUUGAUAGUAAUGAUUCAAAAACAGCUUCACCAACACUCCUGUGCCCCAUCAGUGUUCAAGUGUCAAGAGGGAACAAGGAAAAGGACAUAUGUAGCAUCUGUAUGGACAUCAUGAGUAAUAAAAAAGUGCUCUCAAAGUGCAAGCAUGAAUUCUGCGGCCCUUGUAUCAACAAAGCCUUAUCAUAUAAGCCAGUCUGUCCUGUGUGCCAAACUUCCUAUGGUGUCCAGAAAGGGAAUCAGCCAGAUGGAGACAUGUAUGUCACUGUCGUAAGAGAAUCACUUCCAGGUUAUGAACUCUGUGGCACCAUUGUGAUUACGUAUGUUAUUGAAGGAGGCGUACAAACAAAAGAGCACCCAAACCCAGGAAAGAGAUUUUCAGGAAUACGUCGAACUGCAUACUUGCCUGAUAACAAGGAAGGAAAUGAAGUUUUGGGAUUGCUUCGUAGGGCCUUUAAGCAAAAACUAAUCUUCACAGUGGGAGAGUCUCGACAAACAGGAGCUUCAGAUGUCAUUACAUGGAAUGACAUCCACCACAAAACGUCCUGGUGUGGGGGACCACACAGGUAUGGCUACCCUGAUCCUGACUAUCUGAAACGUGUCAAGCAGGAGCUGAAAAGUAAAGGAAUUGAGUAAGAAGCCUACUGGAAGGAUGCCUUGAGCCAAGCUUGCAAAAGGCACAGUUGAAGAUUCAAGCAGAGUAAAUACUCAUCUAAAGCCUCAUGUAAAAACACCUCUAAAAAAUGUUCAUCUCAAGAAGUGGUUUGUGUAAGAGUAAGAAUGUGCUGGUGUGUCCUUUCUAAAGUGUUACGUUUUAUGGAAGAUAAAAGCCCCAAAGAUCUGUGUAGUUUUGCUGCUGAA